GUGACACGGGUUGCGGCAAGACCACGCAGGUCCCCCAGUACCUGCUGGAGGCCGCCACCGAGGCAGGUCGCGGCGGCAGCACCCACAUCCUGGUCACGCAGCCGCGCCGCAUCGCCGCCAUCAGCGUGGCGGAGCGGGUGGCGGAGGAGCGAGGCGAGCCGCCCCCGGGCAGCCCCGGCCCCGCCAGCAGCACCGGGUACCAUGUGCGGUUGGGGGCGGCGGUGACACGACACACGCGGCUGACCUUCUGCACCACCGGCAUCCUGCUGCGCCGGCUGGUGUCCGACCCCUCCCUCCGCGGCAUCACCCACGUGGUUGUGGACGAGGUGCACGAGCGCUCGCUGCAGUCCGACUUCCUGUGCGCACUGCUCAGGGACCUGCUGGUGGCACGCAGGGCCGCGGCGGCGGCGGCGGCGGGGGCAGGGGGUGGAGGUAGCGGCAGCAAGGGCGACAUGAUGCAGCAGCAGCAGCAGGCGGUGACCCCCCUGAAGGUGAUUCUCAUG